GCUUGGCGCGUGUGUGUGCAUGUGUACAUGCGUGUGUGAGUGCAUGUGUGUGAGUGCCGCCGCUGCCCAGGACCCCCGGCCCCGAAGGUGUUGGCUGAAAUAUGGAGAAUAGUCUUGGAUGUGUUUGGGUACCCAAGCUGGCUUUUGUACUCUUCGGAGCUUCCCUGCUCAGCGCGCAUCUUCAAGUCACCGGUUUUCAAAUUAAAGCUUUCACAUCCCUGCGCUUCCUAUCAGAACCUGCUGAUGCUGUCACAAUGCGGGGAGGAAAUGUUCUCCUGAACUGCUCCGCAGAGUCUGACCGAGGAGUCCCAGUUAUCAAGUGGAAGAAAGAUGGCAUCCACCUAGCCUUGGGAAUGGAUGAAAGGAAGCAGCAGCUUCCCAAUGGAUCUCUGUUGAUACAAAACAUACUUCAUUCCAGACACCACAAGCCAGAUGAGGGACUUUACCAAUGUGAAGCGUCUUUGGGAGAGUCUGGGUCAAUUAUUAGUCGGAUAGCAAAAGUCGCAGUAGCAGGACCACUGAGAUUCCUUUCCCAGACAGAAUCUGUCACCGCCUUCAUGGGAGACACAGUGCUACUCAAGUGUGAAGUCAUUGGGGAGCCCAUGCCAACAAUACACUGGCAGAAAAAUCAACAAGACCUCACUCCAAUGCCGGGAGACUCCAGGGUGGUGGUCUUGCCUUCUGGAGCAUUGCAAAUCAGCAGACUUCAACCGGGGGACAUUGGGAUCUACCGAUGCACAGCCCGGAAUCCAGCCAGCUCAAGAACAGGAAAUGAAGCAGAAGUCAGGAUUUUAUCAGAUCCAGGACUGCAUAGGCAACUGUAUUUUCUGCAGAGGCCAUCCAACGUGGUGGCCACUGAAGGAAGGGAUGCCGUCUUGGAGUGCUGUGUGUCCGGCUACCCUCCGCCCAGUUUCACCUGGUUACGGGGUCAGGAAGUCAUCCAACUCAGGUCUAAAAAGUAUUCUUUAUUGGGUGGAAGCAACUUGCUGAUCUCCAACGUGACAGAUGACGACAGUGGAACGUACACCUGUGUUGUCACAUAUAAAAAUGAGAACAUUAGUGCCUCUGCAGAGCUCACAGUCUUGGUUCCGCCAUGGUUUUUAAAUCACCCUUCCAACCUCUAUGCCUAUGAAAGCAUGGAUAUUGAGUUUGAAUGUGCAGUCUCUGGAAAGCCUGUGCCCACUGUGAAUUGGAUGAAGAAUGGAGAUGUGGUCAUACCUAGUGAUUAUUUUCAGAUAGUGGGAGGAAGCAACUUACGGAUCCUUGGUGUGGUGAAGUCGGAUGAAGGCUUUUAUCAAUGUGUGGCUGAAAACGAGGCUGGCAAUGCUCAAACCAGUGCGCAGCUCAUCGUCCCCAAGCCUGCCAUGCCAAGCUCCAGUGUCCUCCCAUCCGCUCCCAGAGACGUGGUUCCUGUCUUGGUCUCUAGUCGCUUUGUCCGUCUCAGCUGGCGUCCACCUGCAGAAGCAAAAGGAAACAUUCAGACUUUCACGGUCUUCUUCUCCAGAGAGGGUGAUAACAGGGAACGAGCAUUGAAUACAACUCAGCCCGGGUCCCUUCAGCUUACCGUGGGAAACCUGAAGCCAGAAGCCAUGUACACCUUCCGAGUUGUUGCCUACAAUGAGUGGGGGCCAGGGGAGAGUUCUCAACCCAUCAAGGUGGCCACUCAGCCUGAGUUGCAAGUUCCAGGGCCAGUAGAAAACCUGCAAGCUGUAUCUACCUCACCUACCUCAAUUCUAAUUACCUGGGAACCCCCUGCCUAUGCAAAUGGUCCAGUCCAAGGUUACAGAUUAUUCUGCACUGAGGUGUCCACAGGGAAAGAACAGAAUAUAGAGGUUGAUGGACUCUCUUAUAAACUGGAAGGCUUGAAAAAAUUCACGGAAUAUACUCUUCGAUUCUUAGCUUAUAAUCGCUAUGGACCAGGAGUGUCUACUGACGAUAUCACAGUGGUUACGCUUUCUGACGUGCCAAGUGCCCCACCUCAGAACGUCUCACUGGAAGUGGUUAAUUCAAGGAGUAUCAAAGUAAGCUGGCUUCCUCCUCCAUCAGGGACACAGAAUGGAUUUAUUACUGGCUAUAAAAUUCGACACAGAAAGACAACCCGCAGGGGUGAGAUGGAAACACUGGAGCCAAACAAUCUCUGGUACCUGUUCACAGGCCUGGAGAAGGGAAGUCAGUACAGUUUCCAAGUAUCAGCCAUGACGGUCAAUGGCACUGGACCACCUUCCAACUGGCAUACAGCAGAGACCCCAGAGAAUGAUCUAGAUGAGUCUCAAGUCCCUGACCAGCCAAGCUCACUUCAUGUGAGGCCACAGACCAACUGCAUCAUCAUGAGCUGGACUCCUCCCUUGAACCCAAACAUUGUGGUGCGAGGUUACAUCAUCGGGUACGGCGUCGGGAGUCCUUAUGCUGAGACCGUGCGUGUGGACAGCAAGCAACGAUACUAUUCCAUUGAGCGGUUAGAGUCAAGUUCGCAUUAUGUAAUCUCCCUAAAAGCUUUUAACAAUGCAGGAGAAGGCGUGCCUCUCUAUGAAAGUGCCACCACCAGAUCGAUAACAGACCCCACUGACCCCGUUGAUUAUUAUCCUUUGCUUGAUGAUUUCCCCACCUCGGUCCCAGAUGUCUCCACCCCCAUGCUCCCACCAGUAGGUGUACAGGCUGUGGCCCUGACCCACGAGGCCGUGAGGGUCAGCUGGGCAGACAACUCUGUCCCUAAGAACCAAAAAACAUCCGAGGUGCGUCUUUACACUGUCCGGUGGAGAACCAGCUUUUCUGCGAGUGCCAAAUACAAGUCAGAAGACACAACAUCACUCAGCUACACAGCAACAGGCCUCAAACCAAACACAAUGUAUGAGUUCUCAGUCAUGGUAACAAAAAACAGAAGGUCCAGCACAUGGAGUAUGACUGCUCACGCUACUACAUAUGAAGCAGCCCCGACCUCUGCUCCCAAGGAUUUGACAGUCAUCACUCGGGAAGGGAAGCCUCGUGCUGUCAUUGUGAGCUGGCAACCUCCCUUGGAAGCCAAUGGGAAAAUUACUGCUUACAUCUUGUUUUAUACUUUGGACAAGAACAUACCCAUCGAUGACUGGAUUAUGGAAACAAUCAGCGGUGACCGGCUUACUCAUCAAAUCAUGGAUCUCAACCUGGACACUAUGUACUACUUCCGAAUUCAAGCACGAAAUGCAAAAGGCGUGGGGCCCCUCUCUGAUCCCAUCCUCUUCCGGACUCUGAAAGUGGAACACCCUGACAAAAUGGCUAAUGACCAAGGUCGCCAUGGAGAUGGAAGUUACUGGCCAGUUGAUACUAAUUUGAUUGACAGAAGCACUCUCAAUGAGCCACCCAUUGGGCAGAUGCACCCACCACAUGGCAGUGUCACCCCCCAGAAGAACAGCAACCUGCUUGUGAUCAUCGUGGUCACCGUGGGUGGCAUCACAGUGCUGGUGGUGGUGAUCGUGGCUGUGAUCUGCACCCGUCGCUCUUCAGCCCAGCAGAGGAAGAAGCGGGCCACCCACAGCGUGGGCAAAAGGAAGGGCAGUCAGAAGGACCUCAGACCCCCUGACCUUUGGAUUCAUCAUGAAGAAAUGGAGAUGAAAAAUAUUGAGAAGCCAUCAGGAACUGACCCUGCAGGAAGGGACUCCCCCAUCCAGAGCUGCCAAGACCUCACACCCGUCAGCCACAGCCAGUCAGAAACCCAACUGGGCAGCAAGAGCACCUCUCAUUCAGGUCAAGACACCGAGGAAGCAGGGAGCUCCAUGUCCACUCUGGAGAGGUCACUGGCUGCCCGCCGAGCCACUCGAGCCAAACUCAUGAUCCCCAUGGAGGCCCAAUCCAACAAUCCUGCUGUCGUGAGUGCCAUCCCUGUGCCAACCCUAGAAAGUGCCCAGUACCCAGGAAUCCUCCCAUCUCCCACGUGUGGAUACCCCCACCCACAGUUCACUCUCCGGCCUGUUCCAUUCCCAACGCUGUCAGUGGACCGAGGUUUUGGAGCAGGAAGAAGUCAGUCAGUGAGUGAGGGACCAACCACACAGCAGGCACCCAUGCUGCCCCCAGCUCAGCCUGAGCAUCCCAGCAGUGAGGAAGCACCAAGCAGAACCAUCCCCACAGCCUGUGUUCGACCAACUCAUCCGCUGCGCAGCUUUGCUAACCCUUUGCUACCUCCACCAAUGAGUGCAAUAGAACCGAAAGUCCCUUACACACCACUUUUGUCUCAGCCAGGGCCUACUCUUCCCAAGACUCAUGUUAAAACAGCCUCUCUUGGGCUGGCUGGAAAAGCAAGAUCCCCUUUGCUUCCUGUGUCUGUGCCAACAGCUCCUGAAGUAUCUGAGGAGAGCCACAAACCAGCUGAGGAUCCAGCUAACGUGUAUGAGCAGGAUGAUCUGAGUGAACAAAUGGCAAGCUUAGAAGGGCUAAUGAAGCAACUUAAUGCCAUCACAGGCUCAGCCUUCUAACGUAUAUUGCUGAUUUGAUGAGUGAAAUUUUCUGGGACCUUUGCAGCAUACCAAUUACCCAUAAACAGCACACCUACGUCCAAGGACUCUGACCGGUGUACAGGUCAACCAUCCUGACCACGCAGUUAAGGAAGAUCCUGAAGCAGUGCAGAAGGAAGAACCACCCUUCUUUCAGAGGCAUCAAGAAUCGCAGCGUGAUGACUAUGAGGUCCCUCAACAAAAGCAAAGAUGCAUCUUCACUGCAAAGUCAAAGCUUGAGCUGCUAGAAUAGUCCUGGCUCUUGGCCAGUGCAGUGACCACACUGUCGUUAACUAAUGCCUGUAAUUUCCUUCAUCAAGGCCUGUCGUUUUAAGUGUAGGUCUAGUCUUACAAAAUGCAAGUGCAUUAUUUAAGCCUGUGUCAUGCCAUGGCAAAUCAGUGCAAGCUCACUAUUUGGUUUUCAACUUUCAAGUACAAAGCACCCAUGGAAAUGCUCUCACUCCAUAGCACCAAAGGAUUGGAUGUUUUCCUGACAGCACAAAAAGUAAAUAAGUAAACAAGCAAAAGGCAGUGAAUGCUUAUUGUAGGUCAGUCUUGCACAAGUGGUGGAUAUUAGCAAGGGGCUGUAAAAUUCACCAGUUUUAACAAGUGUUUGUAAAUCCACCCUUGGCUAACGUGUAUGCCUGGAGUCCGGGAACACAAAAAUCUGCAACCAAUGGCAUCCUGCCAGUGGUCACACAUUUCCAGAAAGAGGAUACAAUAUGCAAUCUUCUCAGACACACAGUAAUUAUGUGCUUAAGCUUGUAACAGGACACUUUUCAAUUUGGGUGGCUUUUGUGCCAUACCACACUGUGAUGAUAUUUUAAAGCGUCACCAAGGCCAUCUUCUGCAGAAGUCUGGCCAGGAGAGGUCCCCCUGCCUCUCUGCCCCAUCUCUCCUUGACUUUUCCUUGGCAACCAGCCUCGGGCAGAAUGGCCAGUUCCAUACAUCCUAUGUCCCCCUGGCCUGUGUCUCCUGUGUCCCCCGUAGAAACGCUUUCAGACCUUCUGAGAAAAUCCUCUGAGGAAGAGGAGGAACAAAAGGGGCAGUUUCCAAAAGGACCCUCUCUCUUGAGUGACGCCACUUCCACCUGCAGUAUUCUCACUGACACACCAGUCAGCACUUGACCAAGGUGACCACAGACCCUGUGGCCAAGGGGACCUGCUCUACCACGCGUGUGCCAGAGUCAGGGAGGAGCAGAGGGGUAGGUGCCACUUGACACUUCUGACACGUCAUAAAUCCAGUGGAUACUUUACAGAAAGCAUCUUCAACUGUGGGCUAGAGUUUGUAACUUCUAUUGCCCUGCUGUCUACAGUUUGGAACUAGCUAAAAUUAAGAACCUUUUGUGUGCACUCUUUUAGUUUUUGAAUUUUCAGCUGCAUUUGGAGUUAAUCCCUGUUUAUGCAGCUGAGUUGCCAAAAGGGAGCUAGUUUGCAUAUUUAUCAGUUAGGUGACUUGAAAACCCAAUGAGAGAGUUUCAGCUGAAUUAUUCCUUUCAGCUCUGCCUUUGAUUUCAAGCUUGAGUAGGUCAUAAUUUUAAAAGAGCAUGGAAAGGAUAGGAUCUUUACAACCUAAUAGCUCCUUUUAUUAGGUGGGUAAUUAUAUAUGAAUCCCUGAAUGAAAUAUUUUGAGCAAAAUGGCACUGUAACAGAAGUAAUAAUUCAGAUUAUUUUUUUACAGUUUUAUGUCGGGAAGGAAAUCUGAUGUCAAAGAGAGGGCUUGUUCAAAUGGUUCAUUAGAAAGUCCGGUCCAUUUGCAAAAGUUGUUCCUUCAACAAGAGUGCUUGUUCAAUUUGCUAAGGUUUUCUGGAAGUCCUGUGGAAGAGCUGGGUGAUGUUAUCUGAUGGGACAUAUUACUUUUGUUCAAUAUCUGGGCACUGAGGAGGUUGACCCUCCACUGACCUGAAAUAAGGCAUUUCCUAAAAUAGUAUUGAAUGCUUUAGGAAUAAUCGAUUGCAUCCAAAAUUUUUAAUUAGGUUACCCUGACCUUCUCAAGGCCUGAGAGUGACCUCCCCUUUCUAAUAUUUACAAACAAGAAAAGUUUACUGACAGCAUUCCAUACCCAUGAGGGACUUCCCAGUGCUCCAUUUGGAGUAGGUCAUCAAUCUCAGAUUUCAAGAAUUAAGUUUCAGCUUCAGUCUGUUCUGUAGAAUGUAGCUGGACAAUCAAGAGAACUAGCAGUCUCAGAAAAUUCUAGACCCUUCAAGUCUAAGUCAAUAAUUUUAGGAAGUGAAAUCUUAAAAAACAAAAAACAUUAAAAGUAUAUACACUAUCUGUCUCCAAUGGGAGUUAUAUUCAUGCCACAUGCUCUUAAAACUUUUCAUUAAACAAAUACAUUGGUUUAUGUUAGCUCCUGACAUUGCUAAUAAAUCCAACUGCCCUGCCUUGCAUGUGGAUUAGAAUCCAUUUACAUAGCCUCAAAGACUCCAGUAUCAUUACCUAGUGAUUUGAAUAUGCAAGGCAUUUGCCAUGAUUUCUGUAUAAUUUUGCUUCCUAUCCCCUCAAAUUGUUCACAUGUGUGCAAUGAACCUGCCCAAGUUUUAAGGUAACUUUUUAAUUUCUCAAUCUCCUGAUCUCUUGACAAGAAGGACUCUGGAUACUGUGAGGUAACCUCUGUUUUCCCCUUGCUUCUACCCCUGUGUCUGGUUCAUGGCAUGCAGGGCUCCUUAAGCUCAUAAAUCUGACUCCUAUAGGGCAUAGCUUGAAAGCCAACCAGCAGCUCUGCCACCCCAGGACUGAUUUCUCCCCAACAAAGAAGAAAAUCAAACUUGUCAGGGCACGCUCAGAACUUCCCUUGUCUGUGCUGAACUAUCAGGCAAGAGUCUCCUCUUGAAAAACCUUGUUGACUUUCUUUGUAGUUCACGCUGAUAGGAAAGCUCUUUUCACUCCUCUAGAAUUUUCUGCAUUUGUUGAACUCACAAAUGCAGAUGGCUUCAAAUGUGUACAGAAUAUUUGUGUGAUGUUCUAGCCAAAAAUUAAAUAUUUCUUAGUGAUUCAUAUUUAAUCAGAAACCAGUCAUAGCAACCCUUUGUGCAACAAACCUAUAAGCUUCUAGAAUAUUUUAAUAAUGUAACUUUGUAUUUGGGAAUGAUAAAAUGCACACUCAGUUGAACAACCUGGGAAAAACCAAUGAUAUGAGGUGGCUUUAUUGAGACUUUCACCAAUUUCUUUGAAUAAGAAUUGUUCAAAAUGAAGUGAAUGAUCAGUCCCUUGCCUUGGUAGCGACCCAAAAAGAGAACAUUUAGAGCGCUAUUCCAGACAAUAUUCUGAAACUGUGGUUUGGCACUCAUUGGCUUUUACAACACAGAAUCUCUUUAGUACAGGUCUUUCUGGAAGCUAACAAAGUCUGUGCUAGAAGCUGGUUGCUUGAACUUAUCCAGCCUUUGGAUCCUUCUGUUGACCUUGUUUAAAUAAGCACCUUUGAAUCACCUCCAAAUAGAACAGAGCAUCUUAGACAUGGUAAUUGGACUAUAAUUCAUACAAAAGGUUACCUGUAAGAGGAAACUUUUUUGAAACAAUUUUUUCCCCAACUCAGGCUUCUUGUGGUUAUGGAAUGUCCCUUUCCAAUCAAUGGAAGGAAGGAAAAUAGAAAAGUUCCCAAGUUUUAGGUGAGUUUAAAGAAAACAAAAUCAUCUGAACUUUAAAAUAGGCUUGGAGCAGAGUUGCCUUCCCCUCCCCAUCACCCACAGGCUGUCCUGAGUGCUGGGGUUGGUAUCCUGGCCUGUUCAGCAUCAAAUAAGAUACAGAGCCCAGAACAUUGCAGACCACAGGAGCAAUCACACCCUCCAAUCUAUACCCUCUCUCUCUUUAAAAAUCACAAGCAACAUUUCACCCAUCAUUUGCAUUUUCUAGUGACUUUCAGAGACCAUUUUAAUAUUACAGAGAGAAGCUUUCUGCUUGAUUCCAGUAUUUUAAAUGGUAUUGGAUACUUUGGAAAAAUCACAGAUGUAUGUUUUCCAUUCUAUCCCAUGAAAAAGUGCAGGCACCCACCCUUCAAUUUACCUUGGCAUCCAAAUGCCUGCUUUAAGAAAGAACUGAUUCUGAAAAGAAAUACCUAUUUCCUGGUCAGUGCUCAGAUAGGAGACCAUCUACCACGCUCAUAUCUGCAAGUACUCCUUCCAAUUUGAUGCGGUUCCUCCAUUGCCACUAUUGAAUAACAUUCCUUGGCAGACUUCCAGUUGCACUCUCUGAAGGAUUUUUUCUCUUGCUCUCAGUAGAGAGCCUUUGUACAUUGUCAUCCUGUGAUUUUUUUUUGUUGGUAUGAGAGCAACAGCAAAGCUCUACAAGAUGUCACCAACACAGAGGCAUGGGCCAAGGGAUCUCACUGUGUGCUGAGCGUGUAUUUUCAGAUGCAAGAAAGGAAUGUUGGAGAGGAGAAGAAAUGCUGUUUUUUAUUAUUGUAGGGUAAACCUGGCAAUUCUGAACUUUGAGAA